AAAUUUUAGUCUUUCAUGUUCAUUUGCAGCGAUCGGUAGUGCACAAAUCGUCGGUAAUGCCAGAAAUAGAAUAAAAAAGAUAAAAUAGAAUAAGUGAGCUGGCCGUAAUUUGAUUGAUUGAUAAUAAUACCAUUAAGCUCUGGGGUAAGGCUGGAAAAUGUUAGUGCUCCGUGCUCCAGGUUUUUUUUACAUGAAUUCAAAGUUCAAGUCGAAGAAUUAAAAAACAAAUUACGUCAAUCAUGAUCUCUUUGGUGGAACUUAAAAAGCUAACGCUUGUGCAUUUGGGCAUUGCGGUGACAUUUUUUGUGUCUGGUUUGAUAAUUAAUCUGGUGCAAUUGAUAUUGUAUGUGGCAUUGAAACCCUUCAAUACAAAGCUCUUCAGACACAUCAUGUAUUAUCUCUGCUACUCGCUGUAUUCACAAUUGAUCUUUGUCGCUGAAUGGUAUGCGAAUAGUAAUUUACAUUUGUACAUGGAUCCCAACGACUUGGAGAAGCUCUGUGGCAAGGAACAUGUAAUGAUAAUUCAGAAUCAUUCCUAUGAAAUCGAUUGGCUGUGUGGUUGGAUGUUCGCCGACAAAGUUGGCUGCUUGGGUAAUUGCAAGGCAUAUGCCAAGAAAGUCAUUUCAUAUGUGCCAGUGAUGGGUUGGGCAUGGAAAUUUGCUGAAUUUGUGUUUUUGGAACGUUCAUUCGACAAGGAUAGCGAGAUAAUUGCACGCCAGCUUAAAGAGAUAUUCGAUUAUCCAGAUCCUGUAUGGCUGUUGCUGAAUGCUGAGGGUACUCGAUUCACGCCGAAGAAACACGAAGCCUCUGUUAAGUUUGCGCAGGAACGUGGUUUGCCUGUGUUAAAGCACCAUCUGGUACCACGUACGAAGGGCUUCACUACCAGCUUACCGACCAUGCGUGGUCGCUGUGUAGCUAUUUAUGAUACUACUUUGGCUUUCAAGAGGGAUGCCAAGAAUUCGCCGACUAUUUCCACAUUACUAAAUGGACUGCCGGUGGAAGGCCACAUGUUUGCACGUCGUAUUCCACUCGAAAACGUGCCGGAAAAUGAGGCAGCAGCUGCUGAAUGGCUACAUAACUUGUACCGCGAAAAGGAUCGCCUUGUCGACAGCUUCCUUACAACAGGCAAUUUCUGUGAAACCUCGGGCAUUAAAGAGGUGCCGGUUACUGUUUUCAAAUAUCGCACAUGUAGUCUGCUGAACUUUGCUUGUUGGGCUGUAUUCUCGAUAUCACUAAUACUCUACUAUCUAGUGUCUUCGUUUCUUUCGCAAAAUUGGAUUGGGCUUUCAAUUGCUCUAGGCGUACUUUUGACGAUUUACAUGCUUAUGAUUAAGUCGAUCAAUAUGUCUAAAAUCAGCAAAGCUUCGUCGUAUGGUUCAGAGUCGAAAACGGAUUCAAAGUCAAAGUAAUUCAAAUGCGUUUGCAUGCACAUGCACUUGCGAUAGAUCUAACAAUUACGAGAUUUUUUAUUCUUUUAUUUGGGAACGUAUGUAUGUAUAUAGCCAUAAUUGUAUUUAAACGUCGUAUGAUGUUCGUUGCAACCGCAUUGAAUUUCUAUAAAUUAUGCAAAUGAAGAUAACGCGGGCAAAGUUCAAAUGUUUGUUUUUUAAGCCUCUUUGCCCUAAUCCCACUGUACAUAUAUAAAAAGUGUAUGUAAGUAAAUGUACUUAUUGAUAUUGUUAGUGGGAAACCCUUUAGAAUUUAAGUUUAAAAUGUCAUAUUAUUGUUAAUAUGCACAUUGUAUGUUAACAAAACAACACAAAAGCAUUGACUGCUGAAGAGUCUAGAGCAUAACAUUUACUUUGGACACCGGAGGAAUAAACUAGACGUUAAAAA